AUGGCUGUUACCUUGGCGGAGAUAGUGACCGGAGAAACUGAUCCUCCUCCUCCUCCUUUGCGGCUGAGCACUAGGAAUCAACUAAAGUCGUUAUUUGUUCGUCAUGAGAAACUCACAAAAGAACAAAACUCAGCCAUUAAUGUCUUUCUUCUCGGCCUCAUGACCAGCUUGCUCUUUUACGCCACCGUCUUCACUAUCAUCGAGUUCUUCCCCACCAGAGUUCUUCACUGCAACGUCACUUUCUACGUGGAAUCUAUCUCCGUUUCUCCCUCUUCUUCCCCCGCCGCCACGUGGCACGUCGAUUUUCUCGUGAACCACCCAAGCUCGAGGUGCCUUGUCCACUACGACGACGAUGGCGUGUAUGCCACGUUAGGGUUUUUAAACACCGUGGUUUUGAAGACAUCACACACGCGUCUUUCGCGUGUCCGCACGAGUUUCUCGGUCGAUUUAGCUACGGUGGGUAAUCAAACCGACGACGUCGUUGCAGCUUUUUCAAGGGUUUUGGAUUUGGAGUUGAAACUUAGUGCGAGGAAGAAACAGUUUUAUGCGGAAGGUGAUGAUUAUGGACAUAUUUAUAUAACUUGUCAGAAUCUUAUUCUUGGUUAUGAGACGAUUAAAUGCCAUUCGUCUUUCAAAAAGUUGAAGGACUUUUGCUAA